GCGCGCAGCCCGCGGCGGCCAUGUUUGCUCAGGGCACAGAGGGUCCUCGCGGCCGCAGCGGCCGGGGUUGCGGUGGCCACUUUAGAUUCGGGCAAAGGCUUCGCUCUGUUCUGUUUCCGCCGUCCCGCUUCCUGCCGAGGCCGGCCUAGGCAGCCGCGUUCCGAAGGACGCCGCCGGGAGCUGCGGAGCAUGCAUGGAGUGGCAGUACUAACGGCUGGUGUCUCGCACCCUGCCCUGUGAAGGUACGUGAAGCUGAAAGCCUGGAAUGGCUGGAAAGGGGUCAUCAGGCAGGCGUCCCCUGCUGCUGGGGUUGCUGGUGGCCGUAGCCACUGUCCACCUGGUCACCUGUCCCUACACCAAAGUGGAGGAGAGCUUCAACCUGCAGGCCACACAUGACCUGCUGUACCACUGGCGAGACCUGGAACAGUACGACCAUCUCGAGUUCCCCGGAGUCGUCCCCAGGACGUUCCUCGGGCCAGUGGUGAUCGCGGCAUUCUCCAGCCCUGCGGUUUACGUGCUUUCGCUGUUAGAAAUGUCCAAGUUUUACUCUCAGCUAAUAGUUAGAGGAGUGCUCGGACUCGGCGUGAUUUUUGGACUCUGGACGUUACAAAAGGAAGUGAGACGGCAGUUUGGGGCCAUGGUGGCCACCAUGUUCUGCUGGGUGACGGCCGUGCAGUUCCACCUGAUGUUCUACUGCACGCGGACACUGCCCAACGUGCUGGCCCUGCCCAUAGUCCUGCUGGCCCUGGCAGCCUGGCUGCGGCACGAGUGGGCCCGCUUCAUCUGGCUGUCAGCCUUCACCAUCAUCGUGUUCAGGGCGGAGCUGUGCCUGUUCCUGGGCCUCCUGCUGCUGCUGGCCUUGGGCAACCGAAAGAUUUCUGUAGUCAGAGCCCUUCGCCACGCCAUCCCGGCGGGGAUCCUCUGUUUAGGACUGACGGUUGCCGUGGACUCUUAUUUUUGGCGGCAGCUCACGUGGCCAGAAGGAAAGGUGUUUUGGUACAACACUGUCCUGAACAAAAGCGCCAACUGGGGGACCUCCCCACUGCUGUGGUACUUCUACUCAGCCCUGCCCCGCGGCCUGGGCUGCAGCCUGCUCUUCGUCCCCCUGGGCUUGGUGGACAGAAGGACGCACGCACUGACGGUGCUGGCACUGGGCUUCGUGGCGCUCUACUCCCUCCUGCCGCACAAGGAGCUACGCUUCAUCAUCUAUGCCUUCCCUGCUCUCAACAUCACAGCUGCCAGAGGCUGCUCCUACCUGCUGAAUAACUUUUUUUUUUUUUGGUUGUACAAAGUGGGGUCUCUGCUUGUGAUCGGACACCUCUUUUUUUUUUUCGCCUACUCAGCCACGGCCCUGUACGUGUCGCAUUUCAACUACCCGGGUGGCGUCGCGAUGCAGAGGCUGCACCAGCUGGUGCCCCCCCAGACAGACGUCCUUCUGCACAUUGACGUGGCAGCCGCCCAGACAGGCGUGUCUCGGUUUCUCGAAGUCAACAGUGCCUGGAGGAUGACCUUGUCCUCCACGCUCCCUGCUCCAACCUACAAGGUGGGCCGUGCACCUCUGCUGGUCGAAAAGAACCCAGCCGUUCUCUCUUCAAAACAGACAUCUCAUUCUAGUUUCUCCAAAUCUCUCAAUAAAAGGAAAACUAGAACAGUGAAACCACAAUCCUCUGAUGUUAUCAACAAUAACAAAGAAGACGGACACGGUAUUUCCGUUAACCACCAAAUGUCAGGAAGCAGAACCAAAUCGACCUUCCUCAGGUGUGCCUGCAGGACCUGUGCGUAUGCAAGUUUCUAUCUUCCAGAGGGUUCUGGUGUUUGCCAUGGCUCUUGGCCUGCCAGGAAGUGUCCUUCUCACUACUUGUGAGGCUGAGGCCUUGUGUGCCAGAAUACAGGUGCCUGGCCAGUAUGGGUCUGAGGGUUCUGUGGGCAUUGGUUCAGCACACAUGCCACAACCCUUGUUCCUUAAUGGUGGGCAUGUUGUGGAAGCACAGGAACGUUAGUCUCAAAUAUGACACCCAUUUAAGGCCUGGGCUCCACUAUCAAUUUGACUGAUUAUAUCCUAGUGACAAGGAGGACAGAUUUCUACUGCAACAAUGCAAAUUACUACAUUUUUAUUAAAAGUAAAUGUCAGUAAAACUAUUUUUCCUGAAUUCUGAAGUGAGAAAAACAACAUUUAAAGAACGUUUCAUUUGUUUGUGAAAGGAUAGUCUCCUAAAUUAAAGGUGAUUGUUGUAGACACUGGGUAAAAAUAAAAAUUAAAUAAAUUAAAGGUGAGAUAGAUCAAAGAAAAAGGGUUUUGUCUUAUUCCUGCCAGAAACAGAAUAUCAGAAACAACAUGAUCAUCCUCCUCCUUGCCUUUUCUUGGGCUGUGCUUUCAGCCUGCAGAUGUAACCAUUCUGGGGAGCAGUGAUGACCCCAGAACCGUGUUUUUGGCUGGUGCAUAAAUGGGGGCAGUGGUUGUGUCUGGGGCCAAUUUUCUGUUCUGUACAGCCCAGAGAUAGUUAUGUAGGGGGGUACUGAGCUACUAAGUGAAGGCAUAGAUAGUUAUGUAGAAAGAUGGAAGAGUAGAAUCAGCUCCAUGCCAGAUUGUAACUGGAGGUACAGGUAUCAGUAUGAACUCAAGGUUUGCUAAGAGGUAUCAGAAAAGGUGUGUGUGUAUGUGUUUGUGUGUACAUACUUACAUAUUUCCUAGCUCUGUCUGCUGAGUGUAAAUGGAAUCAUAUUCUGUAAUCUUUUGAGAUUUCUUUCUUCCAUUUAGAAUUAUGUG